AUGACUGAGAUGGGGCCUUCGCCCUCGCCUGGCCGCGGCCAGGCGAGGGAACAGCGCGAUCUUCUCCGGCCGCGGAAUUGUUCCCGGAAUAGAAAACAUUGCUUUGCGGCCAGCAAAGGAAUGCUCGUUCUGCCUGGACGCGGCUCGUCUUUCGCCCUGGCGGCCUGUGUGGCGUUCUCGUUCCUUAUGCAGCAUGAAGUUGUUGCCCGGACGAAAACAAAAAACUCUUCCUCCGCCGCCAGUUUGAUACGCGCGAAAGCCCGAGCACACAGCAAAAGCGCGUCGCAGAAGAACAGGGAAAACCAAAAGGAAAAGAAUCAAAACCAACAAAAUAAGAGCCAGAACCCGAGCCCGCCGCCUCCUCCCAGCCACCGCCAUAAAGUUGCGAAGCAGUACAAAUUUCCCCACCGCUUUUCCCGCCCCAAGCCGCUCUACAAGGCGGCGAAGCGGCAAGCGGAGGUGAAGCAGGUGCAAUUGCUUGAAGACCAGCGGGAAAUCCCCCCGGAGCCGCCAAAGCGGAGACGCGCGGAAUUUUUCGAGAAAUUGCGACGACAGGAGGAGGAAUGGCGGAAGAAUGUGGACAAGAACGGGAAGCACUACUACCCGAAGUCCAAGAAGUUGGAAAUGCAGCAAACCCUCGCGAAGGCGAUUGCGGAAAAGAAAAAAAGCAUCCCCAGCACGGAAACGAUCGCGAAGCAGUUGAUGUCGCCAUCAACAGCGCCGAAGGCGGCGGCCGCGCCGAAGUCUCCUGCUGCUGCGUCAGAACUACAAACGAAGGUCGCUCUUGCGGCCACUCCGGCGGUAGAAGAUGUCGGGAUCAGUAUGCUGAGCACAGGAAGGAAAGCGAUCUCAUCCGCAUCCGCGGCGGCGAUGAAAUUAUCGACGGAAGCUAUUUCUAGCAGUGGGAAAUCUGGUUUGGGUAGCAGUGCAAAAACAGCUUCUACUACUUCCUCAUUGUCUUCGACGACAAGUAGCGAAACCGCUGCUGCCUCAAACAUGCAGAAUCAAAAGCGACAGGAGCAGUUGCGCAGCAGAGAAUUAUCAAAGUCGAAAACAGAAACGGGGACUUCCUCGUCGAAUAGCCAGACCACUGCAAAGAGUGCGUCGUCGUCUUCGUCUGUGGCAGAAAAGGCUACUUUGAAGAAAGCCCAAGCGGCGACUUCUGCGUCCGCUGCGACAGGGGCAAAGCUGCAUUCGCUGCGAGCUAAAACCACUACGCUAACUCAGCAACGGCAAGAGCUGCAGCGGUUGGCCCAGAAAAAGAAAGCAGCCACUUCUACUGCUGCAGAAGAACUACAGAAGAGCGAAACCUCACUUGCUUCACAGCAAACUAGCCUUCGCACGACAACUUCAACGGAAACAAAACAAAAUAUCGAUCGUGAAGCGUCCAAGUCGACUUCUCUUCGCCGGAGCUUGACCACGAGAGAGCAGAAUGGGCAACAGGGACUUGCCUACCGUGGCCGGACGAUUGCGUCGAGCACCAGCAACUACAAAGGGACGAUGAAUCUCCGGCACCAACUAGCGCAAGCUCCAACAAAAACGCCUGCUACGCCAGCGACUGCCGCAACUACACCCGCGGCUUCUACAACUGCUGCAACUACUGCACCAGCAGCCGCGGAAAAGGCGAAGAUUCCCAAACCAACGAUGCCCUACUCCGUCGCCACGGAGCCCGACGACACGCCGAAGUGGCUCGCCCACAUGGCGAUCCAGAACGCCAUCACGGAAAACCAGAAGACGCACAUGGUCGCGCAAGUCCAGCCUCUCUACACGGAGCCGAACUUGGAGACCGGGGAAAUCGACCCGGUCUACGCCAUCGCGGUCACGCCCGUGACCUACACAGUGGAAUCCCGGAUGGCGCAGCAAAAGAAAAUGCAGGAGGAGCGGGCGAAGGCGGUCCGGGCGAUGCAGGCCCCCUGCGCGGCUUGCGACGAGUACACGGGCGCGACAGGGAGCGCGAACGAGAAGACCGGGAACGACGACCUGUUGAUCCCGAAGGUGGUGCCGGCGUCGGACGUGAUUCCCCUGUCCGAACUCGGGGUUUACAAGGACACCCCGCCGGCGGUGACCCCGGUGCCGUCGAUCGAUCUGCUGACGUACCUGAACAAGAUGGAGAACGUGCAGGACGGAUUGAACGAGAAGAUGGACGUGCACGAGAAGAAGAUGGACGUGACACGACAGCAAAUCCGGAGCACGUCGACGAUCAUCGACCGGAUUAGAAGGAUGCUGACCGCGCCCGCGCCGAAACCAGCCAAGCCCGUCUUCAAAGAAGAUCCGGAGAAAUACACGACGGCAAGUAUAGGAUUAGGAACUGCACCGAAUUAUGAUUGCUGCGGUUCUUACUUAUUUUUGUCUGCAUUGGAGGUUGCAAGAAUGAAGAUUUUGUAAUGAGCAGCUUGGAUGGAGGAUGACAUGGUGUUGGUGACAAAGUUGCGCCCUCCAUGGUUCCAACAUAAUCUUAAUCCGUGCUGUCAUGAUGCGGCAAGGAAAUGAAAUGCAAAUUCAAAUCGUGCAACAUACGUGCAGGUUGUCUCGCAAGCGCCAGCGCGAUCUGGCUUCCUGUCGCGGUGGACAAGGGCGAAGAAAAAGCGGCGCAGAAAACCGAGCUAAGCGUGUACCGCCCCCUGGAAACCGACGAAGUCUGCCGGUGCGGUUCGGUGAAAGUGGGCGGCUUGACCGGGUUGACCAUGGAGCAGGCAACGGGGGACAUGGAGCAGGUGGACCAUUUCGGCUGCUUUUCGGACGGGAAGGUCCUGCGGUGGAUUCCGCCCUGGAAUUUGCAGCCGAAGGUAAAAAAGCUGAUGACGGAACGGAGCACGGUGGCAGGUAUAUCUAUCAUUCGUGUUUUUUUGCUGGAUGCGCAAAAAUUAAGAUGGUGCAAUUCAUAAGUACACAGCAUGAAACCAGGAUAACGUCGAGGCUUAGUCGUGUCGCUUGUGUUGGUGGCGGGAAGAACUGUAGUAGCUUCGGCAAAAUAUUAAAGCAAAUUUCAGAUAUGCUUUGCUCCGAAGUAGCGCCGGCCAUGGGUUUCUGUGCGAAGGAAGCGACCAUCGCGGGCAAGAAGUGCGACCCGAUCUACGGUUGCAGGAGGGAAGAUUGUUGCUUACCUGUUUCCAGAUUCAGGUAAUAAAGAGAUCUUUAGCAUGCACCUGAAGUGACUUGUCAAUUCGAGGAGGAAUUUUUUUUUGAAAUCAAAUGCACAUGUACAACUCGUCCAGCAGCCAAAGUCACGGCAUAUAUCAACGUCCAGUCGAUUUUUCCUCUCAGGUAUACGAAACUAACACGAGAAAAAUCAUAAGGUCAAACCAACAAAGAAAGAGAUGCGUACGAGCCAACCCAACCUUUUAAGGGCCGCAAUAUUAACGCUGCAAGACUACGAGCGAUUCACAUGAGAAUACAGAUUCAGAUGGUGUACGAUUCUAAGAACUGCAGUAUGUGGGUUUUCGUUUCCAAGAAGAUUUACUGACAUAAGGAAGACGUUUCAGG